UUUUUUUUUUUUAUUUUUUAUCCCCACUGCUUUUUUAACCAUUAAAGUACUAAGAAAACCUCUCUUUGAAUCCAAGUUUCCCUCACAUAUGGGUUUGAUUCCUUUGACAUUCACAGUUCUACAUUUCCUCUUUACUCUUCAUUUAACUCAGUUAAGUUGCUUCGUGGGUAGUUGCCAAAUCUUGGAUUUAUACACAUUUGUUUUUGUUUAAAGAUAAUUAAACCAACCCUUUUCUAAAGCCUACAGCUCUGUUUUCUAGUAGUUUAAUUUCUUUGUUAAAAACUUAAAUUUCCAAGCUACAAGACUCUUUCUUUCUUUUUUUUUUUUUAUCCCCUUUUCUUGACUCUGCUUCUUUCUACAUUUUUCUUUCUCUUUCUUGGAUUUUCCCAUUUCUUGUUCGGUCCUGGGUGUUGGUUAAUUAGAUUUUUUGGUGGGUCUUCUGUAUUGUUCUGAACGAAAGUGAUAAUUAGAGUGUAUGUGGAGAAUUCUUGCUGAGAAAAUGAGAUCAAAUACUUCAUUGCAGCGUCUCUUUGUUGUUCUUCUAAUUCUUUUUGUGACCUGUGAGUCAUUUCCGCGAGAUGAAGACUUUGCACAGUUCGGGCGCUAACGGCAUUCAAAGAAGCUAUAUAUGAAGACCCCCUUUUGGUUUUGUCCAAUUGGAACACCCUAGAUGCAGAUCCUUGUGAGUGGAAUGGCGUUUUCUGCUCUUUUGCUCGUGACCAUGUUGUAAGGAUUAACAUAACUAAUUCAUCCAUCAGGGGAUUUCUUCCUCCAGAAUUGGGUCGGAUCACAUACUUGCGAGAAUUAAUCUUGCACGGUAAUAAGCUGAUUGGGUCUAUCCCAAAAGAGCUGGGCAUGUUGAAGAGCCUCAAGGUUUUGGAUUUGGGAGUAAAUCAACUAACGGGUCCUAUUCCUCCAGAGAUAGCUAGUAUUAAUGGUGUUACGAGAAUAAACCUUCAGUCCAAUGGGUUAACAGGGCAUUUGCCCCCUGAACUUGGAAAUUUGAAGUACCUUGAGGAACUUCGGCUGGAUAGGAAUAGACUUCAAGGAACCAUUCCUGCUGGUGGAAAAUCAGAUUUCCCAUCUAAUGUUCACGGAAUACAUGCAUCAAGCACAAACCCAACUGGCUUAUGUCAAGCAUCCCAGUUGAAGGUGGCAGAUUUAUCGUAUAAUUUUUUUGUUGGAAAUAUACCCAAGUGUUUGAAGUAUCUUCCAAGCACAAGCUUUCAAGGGAACUGUCUUCGCAGCAAAGAUCCUAAGCAGCGUUCAGCUAAAAAAUGUGGUGGUUCACCACCAGCCAAAACCCAUCAAAUCUUCCACCCAAACCACCGGCCUGCCAAAGAUGUAUCUGACCAGCAUCAGGAGGCAUCAAAACCUGCCUGGCUUUUGGCACUGGAAAUCAUAACGGGAACCAUGGCUGGGGGUCUUUUUCUUGUUGCUGUUCUGACUGCUUUUCAGAGAUGGAAUAGCAAAUCUUCAAUCAUAAUCCCUUGGAAGAAAUCAGCAAGUCAAAAUGACUAUGAAGCAGUAUAUAUAGAUUCUGAACUUUUGAAAGAUGUAGUGAGAUUCAGCAGACAAGAGCUUGAAGUUGCCUGUGAAGAUUUCAGCAACAUUAUUGGCUCUUCUCCAGACAGUUUGGUCUACAAGGGCACCAUGAAAGGUGGAUCUGAGAUUGCUGUUAUAUCUCUCUGCGUUAAAGAGGAAUACUGGACCUGCUAUCUUGAGCUCUAUUUCCAGAAAGAGGUGGCCGAGCUGGCAAGAUUAAAUCAUGAGAAUACAGGAAAAUUGCUGGGCUAUUGUAGAGAGCGCUCUCCAUUUACCCGGAUGCUGGUUUUUGAGUAUGCAUCAAAUGGAACUUUGUAUGAGCACCUACAUUAUGGAGAAGGAUGCCAGUUAUCUUGGACCCGACGAAUGAAAAUUAUAAUAGGCAUUGCUCGAGGUCUCAAAUAUCUCCACGCAGAACAUGAUCCACCAUUUACCAUUUCUGAGUUAAAUUCUAGUGCUGUAUAUCUCACGGAAGACUUUUCUCCCAAGCUGGUUGAAUUUGAAAGUUGGAAGAGUAUUCUUGCAAGAUCAAAGAAAAACUCGGGCUCUAUAGGCAGCCAAGGUGCUAUUUGUAUACUCCCAAAUUCUCUAGAGCGGCGCCACCUCAAUGUCCAAGGCAAUGUGUAUGCUUUUGGUGUGCUUUUAUUGGAAGUACUCAGUGGGAGACUUCCUUACUGCAAGGACAGAGGUUGCUUGGUAGAAUGGGCAAAAGAGUUUCUUGAACUGCCAGAAGUUACGUGUUGCUUGGUGGAUCCUGAGUUAAAACAUUUUGCAAACGAGGACCUCCAAAUUAUAUGUGAAGUCAUAAGCCUAUGCAUUCAUCCAGAACCCACAAACCGGCCAUCAAUGCAAGAAGUAUGCAGCAUGUUGGAGAGCAAAAUUGACACCUCCGUGUCCCUUGAGUUUAAGUCAUCUUCUUUAGCAUGGGCUGCGCUAGCACUAUCAUCGUGAUUGAGUUGGAGGCAUGAAGCUAGCACACUGUACAUCAGAUAUAUAGAAUUAAUAUUUCAAUUUUCUUUCAUUAACACAUGAGUUUUAUUUGUGGCCCUUGUAAAUGUUAGCGUGCUAAAAGAAACAAAGUUUCUAGCAUGACAGUCUGCUGGCUUUGUAUUGCAGCGAAUGAUGACCUUGUUAAUCACCAAAUAGUGAAUUUUACAGCUCUUCUUAAAUCGCUGCUGCUGUUUUGAUGAGCUUCUGUUGGCCA